AAGAGUAAUACCUCACAGCAGCACAGCAGUAGGAAGGAAGCCCGCCGCCUUUGCUGCGUCCCCGAUGUACAUAGCCAGCAGGGUGUCGGCGAUGUUGAGACUCAUCUCGAGCUGCAGCUGUAGCUGUGGGGGAGGGUCCAGCAAUGUGGUGGACGAGGACGAAGACUUUGAUCUGGACUUGCCUACGAUGCCUACCAAGCUAACCCUGGCUACGUCCAGGCAGGAGAGGAGCAGAGGGGCGACGUGCUCCGGCUCGGCUGGCGACAUGAGCGUGGACCCGCCUUUCCCUCCGAUGUCAGCUGAGCGACUGAAGCCGCAGCCCUUCCGGAGAAAGGACCCACCCAUGCACUUUCAGGCUAGCGUUCGAGGAGAUCUGCAGGAGCUCAACAAGUGGCUGAUUUCCGGGGGGGAUCCUAACUCGAGAGACGACGAGGGUUGGGCGCUGCUGCAUCAUGCCAGCAUGCACGGCAGAGAGGACUGCGUUGGGCUUUUGCUGCGGUAUGGGGCGAGGCACGACAGGGUUGCCAUUGGAGGACACACGGUGCUUCACCUCGCGAGCGCUAAUCGACAUUGCGAGGUCGUGAAGAGACUUGUUGAGGCCGGAGGGCGGGUAAACGCCAGGAAUUCGCAUGGUAACACCCCGGUACAUUCUGCAGCUGCCACGGGAACGGUCGACGUGCUGUCGUACUUGCUGAGCCAGUCCGCGAACCCGGACGCGGUGAACUCGUUGGGAGAAACACCGGACCUGGUUAGCGGGGCUACCGCAGAGGUGGUGCAUCUCAUUCAAGCGGCACGACGGCUGAAGAAGGCCCGCAUCGCCCAGCGAUUCGCGCUGGUUAAGAUCCACUGUCUGUCGAACAGCGGUCGGGCGAAGCCCAACAUUGGGGUGGUGAUUUCCGCAGCGGAGACGGCGAAUGAUGCCAGCAGUUACAGGGAGCGCCAAGCACGAACUCCUGUCGAAGGUACUGCCAAGGGGGAGUCAGCAUCGCCGGAGGCGGCAUCGACGCCACGCGUGCUGGGUGGCAGCGAACCAAGCGUUGGGCAGCAGCAACAGCAGCCACGGCCAUCGCUGAAUUGUACUGUUGCUGCCAUUGCCGGUCUUCCGCAAGAAGUCCUGCGGCGAAUUGUUGGUUAUUGCACUUUGUAGGGUGUGGCAGCAGAGAGCAGGGGGGUGGGUACGUUUGCUGUGGCUCGCUUCUGCGAGAGAGAAUUGAGAAGCGCAUCUGGCUUCCGCUUGCAAAGCGAACAGCGUGAUGUGGUAGCAGCGGUCAUGCCUCUGACUGAACCAGCUUUCUCUCUGCUAAUGUGGUGGCCCUGGCUGCUGUUGGCAUGCAGUGCAAUGCAAUGCAAGGAUUUAUUCCACACAUGCGGGCGGCAGUGCCGCUGCGAAGGGGGGAUGCAAGAUUAAUCGCCUUCAAACCGUCGGCAAAGUACGUGGUUAGGCUAGUUUUCCAAAGCAAGCUAGCUCCUGCGGGAACAUUUGUAAGACCACGAGCUCGUGUCACUGUCAUCACACCGAAUUGUCAAGUUCUUCUUUUUAGCGUUCUGUUUGUGUCUUUUAUUCGAGGGGGCGUUGUGGAGACAUUCGCAUGUUUGUGCGUGGCGAAGGGGGGAGCGGUGGUGGAGGUUUGGGUCUCAAGUUUCUCUUGACAGCGAUCCUUCGAAGCUUUAGUCUACACCAGGGGACACCGUUAAUGUUGGUCAUCACGCCAUGUGGGCCGCGAUCGUGUAUUCCCUGCGCAAGUCCGGCCGGCGAGCAUGAAGAACAAGAAGUGCGUACGCAGAGGCGGGCGGGGGGAGAGAGUAUAGUACAUGUUGGAGCUCGGUAGGGUGGUGGUAGUAGAGGACGAGGAGAUGAUUAGUGAGGGGACAGGGCAAGGCGUUGGGAGUUGUAAACGAAGAUGGUAACACUACUUUUUUAAGGUUAUAGGGUGCGGGCUGUCUUUUUUUCCUUUCCCUUUGCCUUGGAGGUGGAGGGGUACCGAAUAUGGUGCUUCCUGAAAGACCUGUUGAUAAUUUAGGAGUGGACUUUUGUUUUGUGCGGAGGGGCGAGGGAAGGGAGGGAGAGCAGACAGGUUAGUGCCGAGAGGUAGCAUACUGAGGCACGGUUUGACUUAGCUACAGAUUACACAGCAAUUAUCGUUCACGUCUGUUGUGUCCUUCGGAAUACGGGUCAUGCAUGCUUGACUUGGCUUGUAGACAACGGGGACACGAUUGGCAGUGCGUUGGCGAUCGCAACUAACCGCCGCGAAGCACGCUCCUUUGUGCUUUUCUGUUGUAUUGUGUUGUGCAUGGCGUGCAGAUGGAUCGAUCACCUCACGCAGAGAUAUAAUCAAUCAGACAAGACAGGCAGAUCAAUCGUAACGUCUCCGGCUCGGUGCCCGGCUGUUUUGGGUGGUGGGUGUUAUAGUCCAUAGUCUAUGUAAUGCACAGGCCGGCCGGCGUUGGGUGUUGGCAUGUUUUGUGCGGUGACGGCGGUGUGUUGUGGUGUGGCUGACUGACUGACUGACUUGGGAUUCUCGAAUGUUGACCUGGGGUGGCGGGUGCCUCCAUCGCUCCUGCCGACUCGCAAGUGGUCUACUCGUUUGUGUGAUGUUGAUUUGUUGAGAUUUCUUGGCUUCGUUUUCUAUGGUGAUGCCGCACGCCGCCCAUCAGUGGCUUUCCAGUAUUUUUUUUUUAUCGCUUGGUACUCCGCCCGGCCUGUCGGACGUUGACUCGUUGUACAUGAGUAAUGAGUGUGUCAAUGCUUGAUUCCCACCAGUACACCCGAGCAUCAGUGCGGGAUAGCGCAGUAUGGCACUCCUUGGAAGGCUUGUACUUCUCGAGAGGGGGGUUCUCAUCAUAUCAUUUGGGGUAUUGUUUCGUCAUCAACGCGAUGUCGUUGUUGUCCUUCUGUUGCCACGCCGUUGCGUGUUUCCUUGUUUAUUGGGUGGGGGGGCUCCAGAUGAGAGCACGAGUUGCGAGCGAAAACCUUUAACGCAGCAGGGGUGGGAAAGUGGUCAAAGCGUUUGGCCUACCCAGGUACCGACCGCGAAAGGAAAGGUCGAAGGUGUCUCGGAAAUGAACCCCUUGGUGGGAAGUGCGUGACUCAGUCCCAGUCACACAUAUUUCCCGCCAAAGGGUCUCCCUCGUUAACGGCUUGCAGUCGUCUUUCACUGCUCUGUCUGCGGACCUGAAACCCUGUGCCGGUUUUGGUUGCGUCAAGACUGGCCGGGAUUUUUCUUGUGUUCACUUUCCCUACGUCCUGACUUCAUCGUGUACCUAGUAAGCUGGUUUUACGCAGUACGUGAGAUUGGUGCGAUUGUGUGUGGCUUGUUACCAAGUAUAUGUUGCCACCUACAGUUCUUGGUAUGAUGAAAAAACUUGUAUGCGCCACAGGUAAAGUAUAGUCUAAAUUUUUGUGGGUCAUGUGUGGUCGUGUUCCCAUUUCAAGGAUCAAGGAUGAGCCUUGUUUCCAACGGUGUCUUUUUUCCCAGGCGAAGUUUGGGGUGUCAGCGUGAUGUACAAUAAUCGACACUUCAACUCAUCAUGUGGAGGGCCAUUUGUUCCUGUCAGUGG